CGUAAGCCCCACAACUGCCUAUUCACUUACUCUUAUAUUUCUCUCUCUCUAUCUCUCUUGAUGCGCCUACCUUUCCUCGCUCCAAACCCAAGCAAAACCCCACUAUUCCAUCUCAUCUUGCUCUCUCACUCGCUCCGAUCCAACUCUAUCAACUUGCCCAGACGUUUCUCAACUCGGAGAUCGUCACUUCCUAGAAUGGCGAUCCCUCCUAAGCUAGUAUCCUCUUCCUCUUCUUCUUUCCCUACUACUGCUAGAGGAAGCAGCGAGGAAGGUCUCGCUAAUAAAUUGUGGAUCAAGUUCCGCCGAGAAUCGAUUUUCGCUAUGUACACUCCCUUCGUCGUUUGUUUGGCUGCUGGAAACCUUAAGAUUGAGACUUUUAGGCAUUGCAUCUCCCAAGAUUUUCACUUCCUCAAAGCCUUUGCCCAUGCGUAUAAAUUGGCAGAAGAGUGUGCUGAUGAUGAUGAUGCAAAGCUAGCUAUCACCAAGUUGAGGAAGGGGGUCUUAGAGGAGCUAAAGAUGCACAAUUCAUUUGUACUGGUAUGGGGUAUAGACCCUUCUAAAGAGGAGACUAUCAAUUCUGCAACUGUAAGAUACACAGAUUUCUUGUUGGCUACAGCCUCUGGGAAGGUCGAAGGAGUUGAAGGUCCUGGUAAACUUGCAACUCCUUUUGAAAGAACCAAAGUUGCAGCUUAUACUCUUGGUGCCAUGACACCUUGCAUGCGGCUUUACGCUUUUCUAGCUAAGGAGUUGCAAGCAAUUGUAGAUUCAGAGGAUGGUAGUCAUCCUUACAAGAAGUGGAUUGACAAUUACUCAUCUGAGGGUAUUGAGGCAUCAGCUCUGCAAACUGAAGACUUGCUGGAUAACCUUAGUAUCCCUUUGACAAGCGAAGAGCUUGACAUCAUUGAAAAGCUUUAUCACCAAGCCAUGAAACUUGAAAUAGAGUUCUUCAAUGUGCAGCCACUUUCUCAGCCCACUGUCGUUCCUCUAACAAAAGAGCAUAACCCUGUAGAAGAUCGCCUUGUGAUAUUUUCUGAUUUUGAUUUGACAUGCACCAUUUUUGAUUCCUCUGCCAUUUUGGCAGAGAUUGCAAUUGUAACAGCACCAAAAUCUGAUCAGGCUCAACCGGAGAAUCAAAUUGCUAGGAUGUCAUCAGAUGAGCUGAGGAAAGCUUGGGUUCUUCUCUCUGGACAGUAUACAGAAGAGUAUGAACAAUGCAUUGAAAGUAUUCUGCCCCCUGAAAAAGUGGAGUUCAACUAUGAAGUUCUGUGUAAAGCACUUGAGCAACUUUCAGACUUUGAGCGAAAGGCAAAUGCUAGAGUGGUUGAAUCUGGAGUUCUCAAGGGUCUGAAUCUUGAAGACAUAAAAAGAGCUGGUGAACGACUGAUUCUUCAAGAUGGUUGCACCAGUUUUUUUCAGAAAAUUGUGAAGAAUGAAAAUUUGAAUGCUAAUAUACAUGUGGUCUCAUAUUGUUGGUGUGCUGAUCUCAUCAGAUCUGCUUUCUCAUCAGCAGGGGGUUUGGAUGUUCUGAAUAUACAUGCAAAUGAGUUCUCUUUCGAAGUUUCAAUUUCCACCGGCGAGAUUAUUAAAAAGGUGGAAUCUCCUAGAGACAAAGUUCAAGCUUUCAACAAUAUUUUAAAGAACUACAGCACUGACAGAAAGAACUUGACUGUUUAUAUUGGAGACUCAGUUGGUGACCUGCUUUGUAUGCUUCAGGCAGAUAUAGGCAUUGUGAUUGGGUCUAGCUUAAGCCUAAGGAGAGUGGGAAAUCAGUUUGGUGUGUCCUUUUUACCAUUGUUCCCUGGCUUGGUUAAAAAACAGAAAGAGUACAUCAAAGAAAGCUCUUCCACUUGGAAGGGGCAAUCUGGCAUUCUAUACACAGUUUCUAGCUGGGCUGAAAUACAUGCCUUCAUUUUGGGGUGGUAGAAUCGUUUUUUGUUCUCACGCUCUCUUCUGCAAGUCAGUUAGGACAAUUGAAGGAAUCAUUCAUAUAAAAUGAACACACAUACAAAUUGGUGGCUAAUUUUUUUAGGGCCCACAGAAUUUCUUCUGUUUCCCUUUUCUUUUUCUUUACAGGGUCGUCCAUUCUGAAAGAUAAUGCCAUGUUGUUGGCUGGAUAAUGCUGUGAACUGGGCAUCUAGAGGGGAGGCCGUAGGAAGGAUGGCAUUAUAAGAAGAGUUGUCAUCAUUUUGUCCAUAUGAAUAUUUCAGAUCUGUGUACUGCUACUGCUAUAAAUUUUUGCUAUUCAGAUGCUAUUGCUAUAUGAUAUUUGGCAGGUAUAGCAAGUUGGAAAUGAUAAUAUGUGAAAUUUUGUGACAUCAGUACUAAAAGGAUCAGGUUCCUUCUGGCAAUUGAUUGUAUCCUGCGGCUCUCUUUUUGCUAUGAAAAAAAAAAAAUGAUAUUACCCUCUACUUAUUGAUGAA